CCACUCUCUAAGGUUUUUGCCGCAUGUAGUCUUGAUAGGACUGUUGAUAUUAGUCUUUUUACUAAACCAAAAACAGAUGGACUUGAUACGUUAGUAAAUCAAAUCGUACAACAAUACGCAAGCCCAAAAUUGGAUGAAAUGAGAAAAGACAUUGUGGCAAAUCGUUGGAGCGUAACAAAGGCGAUGCCGAGUGUAAUAAGGACGAUGCCAUUAACAGAAACGAUUUAUGAUGUGACAUCUUUGCUAGACGUUACAUCUACAAUAAGACGUGAAUUUCGGGAGUCAUUAAAUGUGCCGAUUGAAACAGAUUCUGUUAAUUCGGUUGGUACUGGAGAUAUGGGAAAUUUUAACAAGGAGGAGAUGAAUAAAAUGAUCAAAAAAGAUAAUUUUAGAAACCCAUUCGAAGAAGAUAAUGCCGAAGCUAAAAAGAAAGAUGAUAAGCGAGCGUUUGGUAGUCCAUACAAAAAUCCUACUCAGAAACCGCCGUAUAAAUGGAGUUUGACAAAAAUGUCGCCAAGUUUUCGUGAAAGGUUACCUUCAGGGUUAAAACCGAUUUCUUUUCAAGGAUUGCCAGACCAAGGAAUACCUUCUUUUGUAAUUCUUCCCGGAAGACAACUAACGACUACAAUCGGAUCCUCAACAACAAAAUCUCGGUCAAUAAAAUUACCAAAAUAUCCAUUAGAUGUAAAUAAUUCAAAAAUACAAUGUCACAAAUCAGCUGGAAGAUUGAAUUUCAGUUCUAAACCACUUACUCCACCAUUAACACCCACAAAUGGAACAUUUUCAUCUUUUUCGCCUGAUUCAUCGAAAAUGGACUUAGAUGAGAAUCGAGCACCUGACAUGGGUUCAAAUUUAGUGAAUGAUAGUGUUCGGACUACUGAUCGUAGUCAUUCUGAGUCACAAAUAUUGACGGAUGUCACAAUAGAUAACAAUAGUUCGUUAGAAGUUAAAUCAGCUGGAAUGAAAUCUAGUUCAUUAAAUACAUCAGGUGCAAACAUAUCGACAACGAAUAAUUCAUCCCAGAGCAGUUCAGGGUUGGAAAUGCUCGCUUCGUUGAGUACUGCUUUGAAAUUUCAAGAAAUAACCGAUCCUUUAACUAACAAUUUAGAUGUAUUAAAUUCAACUAAUGUAAAUUCAAAGAAUUCUAUGGAUAAUGAUAUGGAUAAUGAAAUGAACAUUUCGCCGAAAGCUGUAUCGAUUGAAUUAGAAACUAAUGGGUUGGAUAAUUCUAACAAGGGUGACACGAACGGGACACAAACCAAUCGUAUAUCUGAAGGCCGUGCUCGAAGUAUAAAGAGAGUAAUACGAUAUAGGCCAUUGAAAAACUAUGAAAUAUUCGAUCUUCAUUCUUCCAAGUUCGCGAUUGAAAUAAGACAACAAAUUCAAGCAGAUUCACCAG